AUGGCGGAGCGUUCGCGCAGGUCACUUGGCAAUCCCUUGCCCUUGACCCCCCAGCGCCGCGGCGGUCACCUGGAAAACCUGCUCGCACAAUUCGGCUCGCAGAACUCUGCAGGCUCCGCCACCAAGUCGCGCAGAAUCUCUUCCCAGGCCGCUCCCAAGCAAGAGCCGGUUGCCCCGGUCGACACAGACAGCAAACGCUCGCUGCGACACCAUCCAGCGCCCAACUACACCGUACCGAGCCCCUCGCCCUCCGCCUCGCCCUCCGCCUCGCCCUCCGCCUCGCCAGAAUCGCUUCCACUCAAGGUCGAGAAGAAGAAGACGGCUACGCGCAAACUACCGCCCAGGCGCUCUGCCAUAGAGAGUGCCCCCGCCGACACUCCCUCCAGUGAAGACGAGCUUGCGCGCCCCGUCCGCGCUCGUGGCUACAAGAAGAAACUCCGCAGCAACGACACCUACAGCGACCUCAAGAUGGAGGCAAGGAAGAAGGUCAGGGACGACGAUGCCCCGCGCCGGCGCAGUGGACGACACACUCGUGUGCUGGAAUCAGACACGCUCCAAGCACAGCAGCGAGCGACACCCACAAAGCGCAACACCGCCCAGCCGCCCAAACUUGACACGGCACGAGCUCGCCUCCGAGACGACAUUGCGCACAAGUCAAAGGUCAAGGCCAACAACUUCCUCGUCGCCCACAAGGACUACUUCCUCCCGCUGCUCCCAUCCCACAACUACGUCACAAAGCUUCUCAAAACCCACAAACCGAGGCCCAUUGUCGAGUACGAGGAGCUCAGAGAGCAGCCAAACGGUGUCACCGCCACCAUGAAGCCAUAUCAACUCUCCGGCCUGUCCUACAUGGUCUAUCUGUACAACAACGGCUUCUCCGGCAUUCUGGGCGACGAGAUGGGGCUGGGCAAGACCUUACAAACGCUCUCGCUCUUCCAGUACCUCGAGGAGCUCGACCGGAAGACCGGAAGCACCUCAGAAGAGCUUCGCCCGUAUCUCGUCGUCUGUCCGCUCAGCGUCCUCAACUCGUGGGUCACAGAAGCUCAGAGGUGGGUCCCAGAACUCAAGGUCCUGCGUAUUCAUGGAUCCAAGAACGAACGUGAUCGCCUCAAGAGAGUGGCCCUGGGAAUGGAAGACAUGCAAGGCAACGAGACGGAGCAGGUCAAGGGCCGCAAGGCUUCGCGCAAGGCUGGCCUCAAGGUCUCCACCUACGAAGAUUCCGGGUCGUCCUACAAGAUCAUUGUCACGACCUACGAUACCUUCCAGGCCGACGCAGACUGGUUCAAGCGGUCCUUCCUCUGGCGAUAUGUCGUCCUCGACGAGGGCCACAAGAUCAAGAGCAGUACAACAAACAUAUCCACUGCCCUCAGGAACAUCAACUCGGAGUUCCGCAUGAUCCUGACCGGUACGCCGCUGCAAAACAAUCUCGUCGAGAUGUGGGCUCUGCUAGCCUGGCUGUACCCAGACGUGUUCACAGAGAACACCCAGUUGCUCUUCAAAGAGUCCUUUGACCUCACACGCGGCAAGAUCAACAAGCAGACCAUGGACGAUGCGCGAAGUCUGCUCCAGCUGAUCAUGCUGCGUCGUAUGAAGGACAGCCCCAAUGUCAACCUGGGCCUUGCACCAAAGGAAGAGGUGCUUCUCUACGUCCCCUUGACACCCAUGCAGCGCUUCUGGUACACUCGACUGUUGACCCGCGUCGACGACGGGAUGCUCAAAGAUCUAUUUGCGAACGGCAAAGAUAAAGAAAAGGCCGCAAUGGACCAGGAUAAGGAAGAUGACAAGUUGCUGCAAAAAAUGAAAAUGCUCGAGAACAAUGCCAACACAACUGGCGGCGAAGGCGAGUGGGAGGAGACAGCGCAAAUCAUGCGACAAGCCAUGGAGAAGGAGCAACAGAACAGUGCCGUCACCAACAAGUCUGCGUGGCAGAAGUUGAUGAACCUCGUCAUGCAGCUACGCAAAUGCUGUUCACACCCCUACCUCCUCCCUGGCGUCGCCCCAGACCCAUACUAUCUCGGCGAGCAUGUCAUCCGAGCGUCUGGCAAAUUCAUCUUACUUGAGAAGCUGCUCAAGCACACCAUCUUCGAGCAGGGUAAGAAGGUCCUCAUCUUUUCGGGCUUCACGCAUACCCUCGACUGCUGCGAAGACUUGCUGUCGCUCAUCAGCAACCAUGGCGAGAAGUUCAGACAUCUUCGUCUAGAUGGCGGAACCGGACGCGCUCGCCGGAACCUCGACAUCCGUCUCUUCAAUCAGGCCAACUCAGACUACAAGGUCAUGCUUCUCUCGACUAGGGCGGGUGGUCUUGGCAUCAACUUGACCAGCGCUCAGGACGUCAUCUUCCUCGACGAAGACUGGAAUCCUCAGAUCACCCUGCAGGCCGAAGCCCGAGCCCAUCGUAUUGGACAGACGAAGCCUGUCACCAUCUACAAGCUCUGCACGCAAGGCACGGUCGAGGAGCAGAUGAUGGGCCGCAUUCGCAAGAAGCUGUAUCUCUCGGCGAAGAUCACAGAGUCCAUGCGGAACAUCCACGACGACCAGACGCCUGUCAAGGGCAAGGCGUCGAUCACGGACGACAUGCCGCACAUGGACUCAACGCAGCUGAAGACCCUGAUCCGUCGAGGAGCUCAGACGCUGUCGCACCCGGAAAUCAACGUCACUGACAUGCUGUCAUGGGACCUCGAGACCAUGAUGGCGAAGUGUCGAGAUAGGCCCGCUGAUGAAACACACACGUCAGACGCGCACUCUGAAGCCGACGAAGAGAGGUGGCUGUCUGUCAUGGAGCGCGUUGAAUGUGCAGUCUUUGACGGCAAGCGCUUUCAGCGUCAACGCGACACCCAAGCCAACACAAUCGCCGCCAACAUCCUACCUGACGCCAUCACACGCGAAGACCGACGUCGUGGGAAGAAUACAACUGUCAUGGUGGAUGGUUUCGCCAUCUCCAAGGAGUCCAUGAGCUGCGGCGAUUGGGAGGCCGUACCUACCUUCGCCGGUAAAGAUCCUCGGCUCGCUGACCCGGUGCGUGAGAAGCGUCGUAAGAUUGUGCACGAAGAGCACUGUUUGAGGUGUUUUGAAGGCGACGAGACAGGGCACAUGGUUGAGUGCAAAUCCUGCCCUCGCGCAUACCACUAUGACUGCCUCGCCCCCGAGUUCCAGUCAAAGGUCAAGGGCUUCAACGGUUUCUAUUGCCCGCAGCACAACUGUGCCGACUGCAGCAAAAACACCACCGACGCCGGUGGCCUCAUUUUCAGGUGCCGAUGGUGUCCGCAGGGCUUUUGCGAGGACUGUUUGGACUGGGACAAGACCGAGCUCGUCGGCCAGAACCUCCCCGAGUUCGAGCUGCUAGGCGAGCCUUCCCCCAGCGGUGGAUUCUACAUCAAGUGUCAUGACUGUGUAGAUACUUGCGAGGAAGACAAAGACCAAAAGGCCUGGAUGCAGAACACGGCGAAUAACUACAUGGAGCACCACGCCGUCUGGCUGCAAGAACGCAACGAGGCAGCACAACAGCUCGAGCAGGACGCCACCCUCGUCGUCAACAACAAAGCCAUCCAGUCCAAUACCACGCUCAACGACACCAACACAUUGCACAACGCCCACCUUUCCCCCAUCGACCCACCAGCGCAGCGCGACGAACACUUCCUCCUCAACGACACCGACAUACCCUCCCCGCCCGCCCUCACCGACACCUCGCUCCCCACCCCCGCGCUGGACAGCUCGCGCGUCAGCACACCAAAACCCACAGACGCGCAGGAACAAAAGAAGCUCCCCAUCAAAGCAAAGCGCUACGCCUCAGGCGACGGGUUUAGCGAGACGCGCCACGAGAAGAAAGCGCGCCUCGACGCGCAGGCGUGGAGUAUCGACGACGAUCCGCUGCUCGGUGGUCGGUAG